AUGAGGAUGAUGAUGGCACUCUCGUCUUCUCUUUCUCAUUACCAGUAUCAUCAUCAUUGCCGCAAGAAGGAUGAUGAUACUGGUUUUGGCUUCAGUCAGCGGAAGAUGAAAUCCAUCAUCAGGGGUGGUGCGUGUGCAUCGUCGGGCUUUGAGAAGCAGCGCGAGCAGCAGCGGCAGAAAAAGAAGAAGAAGAAGACCGUAACGCUGAACAGAAAAGAAAAACAAGCUCUGUUACCGGAUAACGUGUUGAUUGAUUACGUGUCAGAGCUGGACGUGAAGUUUUUAUUCGAUGAGAUAUCGACGGAUGAUUUGUAUCUGAUUCAAGGUGCAGAACAACCCCUAACGGGAGGAGAAGAAGCUGUUACGGUGAUUGUCGACGUGGGCGCAAACAUCGGAUUGUUCGCGUUGGAAGCGCUGAAAAAAAAGUCACAAAAUAACAGAAAGUGCAUAUUAUACGCGUUCGAACCGUCACCGGAAACGUACAAAGCGUUGAAGCGCAACUUGGAGAGGAAGUUUAAGGACGAUCCGAACGUAUCGUUGCGUUUGGCGAACGAAGCCGUCGGCGACGGGGAAGAAGAUUCAAUCUCGUUUACGUCGUUUCCAAACGCUGCAGGGUGGUCGACGGCGAUUGAAGACGAGAAAGAGACGCUCGCAAAUGUCGUCGAAUACGCCGUGGCGUUGAUUAUAAAACACGCGCCGACGUUUCUGAUGUUGAAAACAUUCGCGAGGUUCGUCUUGGAGAAGAAUCUGUUUUUCGUCAAGUCUGCGUUUAUUAAAUCCAUCUGUUUCUUCGUCGUGAAGUGGUUAUCGCGAGGGAAAAGAAUUGAAACCGUUCCGUGCGUGACUUUAUCCAACGCCAUCUUCAAAGACGAAACGAACGAGAACAACAAGGACAAGAAGAAGAAAAAAAUCAACCUCUUAAAAAUCGACGUGGAGAGAUACGAGCUCUCCGUCCUUCGCGGCAUACUCGAGGAAGAUUUUGCACACAUCGAAACGAUCGUCGUAGAAGUCCACGAUAAGGAGGAUAAAACCGGAGUUCAAGACGUCGUCGCUUUGUUAAAAUCGAGGGGAAAGUUUCCGCGGGUAAUUGUCGAGCAACCGGAGCAUUUGAAAGGGUCCAUGUUGUUCAACGUCUUCGCUUUCAGAUGA